AUGAAUAUUGCUAAAUUUGAUAUUUUUUCAUCUCAUUUCUUAUUUAACAUUCAAAAUUAAGACAGAAGAAAAGCAACUACAACAGGAUUUAUUUUAACUUUGGUUACUAUCCUUGUUGUGUUUACAUAUUUUGUUUAUUUGUCGUAUCAUUAUUUCACAAAUUAGAUAGACCCAAAAUACAGAUCUUAAAGUUAAAGCUCUUAGAAUGUAGAAUUGCCAAUAAUCAAAGAUCUCAUCGCAUUUAGAUUUGAGUAUGACUAAAAUAAAAACAUUAAAGAACUAGAACAAAAAAAUAAUAAAACUUAUCUGAAUCACUACGCAAUGUUUAGACUUCAAAAUAAAUCAAAUGAAAAUUUAGUACUUUUAAAAUUAUAAAGCUGUUAGAAUCCUUUGCUUUCAGACUACACUUGUAUAGACACUUCUUCUGUUUCCGAUUAACUUUUAGAGUUAAACAGCAAAGAAAACAUCAUUUCAUAAAUACUCAUUCUAACUUUUACUUGCUAUUCAGAUUAUUUUCAAUAAUAAACUCCUCCUAAUUGUGCAAACCAAACAGAAUUGAAUAAUGUUAUUGGAUAGUGGAGAGCAAAAUUGCAUAUUAAGCUACUUACGUCUUAGUAUAACAUCACCUCAUAGUAGAUGGAUAUCAAUUAUAUCGAUAAGUUUUUAUAUUUAAGCACAUCGCAGGGUUCUUUUACAUAUUUAACAGCAUAAAAAUACUUAACUACUAUUAAAGAUGGAAUAUUUUUCUAAUCUUCAGUAGAAUAUUCUUCCCUAGGUUCAUACGAGUUUCAGACAUAAUAACUAAAUAUUUUAUAAGAUAAUAUCCCUAUAGGAGAUCUCUGCUUAUAACUAGGAAAUAUUAUAUAGCAAAUCUAUAUUUAAUAUCCUACUUUUCCUGAAGUAUUAGCUCUUGUUAAUACGAUAUUCGCUAUAUUGAUGACUCUAGGAUAUUUAGAGGUUAUUUUUUUUGACAAGAAAAUGAAAAAGUCUGAGGAUAUAGAAGAAAAAAAUACAGAUUAAGAUAAUGUGAGUGUGCCAACAAUUUUAACAAAAUCAAAAGAACAAAUUAACAAAUAGUAGUCAUUUAAACCAAUUUAAUUUGAUUUUAAAAAUUAUUUAGAUGAAUAAAAGGAAUAAACUAAAGAUGAAACACCAAAAUCAUUAUUCUAUUCAAAAUAAAUUUCUUAAAGUGAUAAAUUAAUUUAUUAAGAAAAUGCAUUACAUAAUAGUAAAAAAACAAGUAGAAAGUGUUGUUAACUAUUUAGAAAACCUGAAAAUGAAAUCUAAAAUGAAAUAAAACGUGAAAUUGAAUAGGAAGUAAUGAGAUAUCUAAAUAUAUUUGAAGUUUACAAAGAUUUGUUAUUGUUGAAAAAAGCUAUAAUGAUGCUAUUAACUCAAGAGUAAUUAGCUGCAAUAAAGUUUAUAGGUUGCUCUCCUCCUUCUUGUUAAAAGUCGAAUUAACAAAAAAAAGGUGACAUGUCAAAAUAAAAAUUUAACUUUUUACAAAGUCAAAUAGAAAUAUUGUCAUCAGCAGAAUUAUAAUCUUAAUAUUUCUAAAGUUAUAUAGAAAAGUGUUAAAAUAGUGAUAAUUUGAGUGAUUUGGACAAAAGAAUAAUAUCCUGCAUUUUCAAAAUUGAAUAAAAUUGA